AUUUGGGUAAAUAUUUUAAAAAUAAUUUCACAGUUACAGAGUGUAAUAAAGUUUAGAACCAAUUAUUAUUUAAUAUGUCACCAUGUAAUAACUCCAUGAACUUGAAGUUGUUCGCUGAUAUCAGCUUCAAAACAAUGACAAACUGCAACAUAUAAACAACUUUUGUCGAGAACAGACUCCGGCUACCUAACGACUAUUAUUAGCACUCUACUUUCUGUUUUGCCUUAGAUAGUUACUUUUAUAAAUCAGUUACACAAAUGUAAAUCAUCUGUUACAUUUUUUUAACAUUUGUUUUAUUUAGAGGACAGGUUUGCUGUACUUGGCAGUGCUGAGGUCUUACCAAACAACUCAAACUGGAGGUUGUGUUUGACACCUUCGUGACUUGACUGAGAGAAUGACUUGACAGACGGCCCCAUCUAGCUAUAGUUGUGACAUGUUUACAAGAAGGACUCUGCUAGAGAGCAUAUGCACCCAGUCAAUAGUUACAGGCCAGCUUUGAAGAGCUAUUUAAGUUGACAAGCCAUUCAUCGAAACCCAGCUAAAAAUAAACUCUUGCACAUUCACUGGAUCCUGAAAAUGUAAUUGCAGACAGUAUCUAGAAUGAUAAGAUUGACUAAAUUUAGAAUUUGAAUAGGCUUUACUCUUUUGUAGAUACAAGUAAGUGCCAUAAUAAAGGAAAAUACUUCAGUAAAUGAGGAAUACGAAGUACAGUGCCUUCAGAAAGUAUUCACACCCCUUGACUUACUCCAAAUUGUGUUAUACAGCCUGAAUUCAAAAUGAAUCAAAUCAAAAUCUCACCCAUCUAUACACAAUACCUCGUAAUUACAAAGUGAAAACAUGUUUUGCAGAUUUAUUGAAAAUCAAAAGUAAAUACCUCAUUUACAUAAGUAUUCACACCUAGGGCUUUUGUGGUGACCCUAUUACCGCCACACCGUGUGCCACCAGUCAUGAAGGCAGUCAAAUUCCACGUGACCUUUCAGUCACUGUUAUUGGGCUUCUCCAAUAACAGUGCCAUUCUAAAUCAGAGCGUAUUUCACACAUAUAUUAUUUAUUAUAUGCCAAGACGAGAUUUUUGUGUGACUGUUUCGAAUCAGAGUCGGACACCUCAUGUAGCCUAACCCAUAGGCCUAUAUGUUUUGAUAAGGUUUGUAAUCACAACUAAAGUGGCCAAAAACUUCUUAAAAUGAAGUACAUUAAUCCUCUUUACAAGGGGUGCAGAGCCUAACGGGCAUAUAUGCAGCGCGUGAGUUUCAAGUUUGGGAAAGAUAAUUUUCACCAUAAAAAUGCAUCUUUAUAAUAAAUGCAUUACAUGCAUAAUCGCAUUCAUGGUCACUUUUGAUAAUGUUGUUUUCCCGCUAAUGGAACAUUUGCGCUUAUAACCUACUGCUGUGUGUGCAUUACUGUACUUAUAAUGGGAAGAUAUAGCCGAAUAGUUUAUCAACAUUUUUAGCUAAAUGUUCUGAUCUGUUGCGUCAGCCUCAUUGCGUAAAAAAAUAUAUUAAUUUGGGAUCUAUCGCAUCUUACAACUGUCCCAGAAUAUGUUUGGAAUAUGUAUUUAUCCCACAGAGUAGAAUUUGUACUAUGGGGGAUAGUAGAUUGACAUAGGCUAGUGCUUUUGCAGUUCGUUAAGCCUAUUCAUCUUGUUGGCUAUAUCUUCAAUAUGCACCUCGGAAUUGGAUAAGGACGCGCAAAGUUGUGUCCCGGGUGCUUCUGAUUUUAGGGUGCAUUAUCGCCACACAAAGGGGAGGCCGCCGGGAAAUUCGAGGCAUAAUCAAGUGCUUCUCAAUUUGUAAUUUAGAGACUGACAAAGAGUGUACAGACUUCGCAAAAAAAACAUAGCAGAGCUCAUGUCUUUCAAGCAACUUAAAAAAAAAUCAUCAUUAGAGUCGCAUCAUUCAGCCUUACAAUGUAUUAACAAAUCCAAACAUAUAGCCCAGUUUUUGUAGAACAACUAAAGUUACAUUAAUAACUAUCAAUAAGCAUAUAGGAGUACAUAUUUCUUUGUUAACCGCUCAACAGAAUAGCCACGUGUGCACUCCCUCAAAUCAGUUGGAGAAAAUAUCCUGUCUAUUUUAUUCAGCUUUGUUCAAUUGUAUUCUUCAUACUACAAAAUAAUAUGAAAUAAUGCCACGGAAUUCUAAGCAAGUCUUGUCUGUUAAAUUAACUAGUGUAGCCCACAGCCAUUUGGCAUAGCCAUAUCAGGAACUAAUUAAGGACAACUCAAAGUAUGCUAUUCAUUCUUCUGAAAUAGGCUACAUUUUCUUCAUAUCAUGUUUCUUUAGACCUGUCUAAAAUAAAUAAUGGAUUCAUUGUGAAGGUGUAGGAUAUAUUACAUGGAUUUUAUUAGACUUUUUAAAAUGUAGAUGUUCCAAAGGUCUGCAUCAGUGGCUUAGGGUCAUGUAUGAAAAUGCCCAUUUCCCAUUGUUUUGACUACCAUGGCUAGAAGAGAUCUCACGACUUUAAAAGAGGGGUUUGUGGUGGCCAAACACCCUAUUAAGACACUUUAUGCUGGUGUUUCCUUUAUUGUUUCCUUUAUUUUGGCAGUUACCUGUACAUUGGCCAUUUAACCUCAUAUAUCCUAUGUAUGAAUGCUUAGGAUGUCAAUGUAUAAUAGUGUGAAAGUGUUUAAUGAAAAGUGUGUCUGUUUUUCUUUUUGCCGUAGACCUUCUGCGUGUACCAUCUUCAUCUCCAUUUCCUUCAACCCUACACUUGCAUGACCUGUGCUGUCUAGGCUAGAAGGCGUCGGCUCCCUGUUCUAUUGUGUGUCCUUUGACAAUGUCCAAUGUGCCUUCAUCUAGAUAUGCUGCUGCAAUAUCAGCCCUUUCCCUCAGUUUACCUGCUGUUAACCCCAACCCACCGCUUACCCCCAAAUCAUCCCUUACCCCCAAAUCCCUGACCCCUAAACCACUAGUUGACCCUACCCCCAAACCACCUCUUACCAUCAAACUAUCAUCAUAUUCGCCUUCACCUGAGAUUUUCGGAUCCGAUGAUGAGGAACAGGAGAAUCCAUCUGAUUACUGUAUAGGUGGCUACUACCCAGUGGAAAUUGGAGCAAUAUUCAUUGACCGUUACCAGGUGGUGAAGAAGUUGGGAUGGGGCCACUUCUCCACUGUGUGGCUAGGCUGGGACAUUGAGAAGAGGCGUUUUGUGGCUCUGAAGGUGGUAAAGAGUGCUCCAACCUUCACAGAGACUGGUUUGGAUGAGAUCAAGCUUCUGAAAUGUGUAAGGGACAGUGACCCAUCUGACCCUAAACGAGACACUGUUGUGCAACUUAUCGAUGACUUCAAGGUCUCUGGAGUCAAUGGGGAGCAUGUAUGCAUGGUUCUUGAAGUGCUGGGUCACCAACUGCUGAAGUGGAUCAUCAAAUCCAACUACACUGGCCUUCCCCUGCCCUGCGUUAAGAGCAUCCUCAGACAGGUUUUCCAGGGCUUAGAUUACUUGCACACUAAAUGCAAGAUUAUCCACACAGACAUCAAGCCAGAGAACAUCCUUUUGAGAGUGGAUGAUGUUUACGUCCAGGAGCUGGCAGCCGACACCAACCUACAGGAGCUGCCAGUUUCUCCUGCUCCCACAAGCUGUUCAGAAAAUACCAGUCUAAGAGAGAAGCAGAUUGUGUCAAACUUUUUGGGGAAGUUGACUGUGGCUUUCCAGAAUCUUGGGGUUUGGACCGGGAAGGUUUCCAGGAUCCCGAGGGCCAGGUUGUCGAGGAAGGAGAACAAACAUCAACAGCCGCAACAGGGCGAGGACACUUUAGUUGACCGUCAGAAGAGGGCAAAACCUCAUGUGUCAUUCUCCAAUAUCACCACUCCCUGUAGCACUCCCAGUUCCACCUCUCCCCCUAAGCCUUCAGGUCCUGUGCGUACUACUUGGAGACGGAACCUGCUGCAUGAAGAAGCAAUGGGCUCUGACAGCAAGGAGUCAGUCUCAUCACUGAUAGAAGAUGCACCAUCAUUGACUACAAUGUCUCACUGUUCUAGACAAUCUACAGUGUUGCAUCCUUCUACCCAGAGAGACAACCAGCCCUCAUCACCAUCACAUGGGUUCAGUGAAACAGAUAUGUUGGUGAAUCUUCUGAAGCCACAGAAUGCUGAUGAAAUCCGCAUCAAGAUUGCAGAUCUGGGCAAUGCCUGCUGGGUGUACAAACACUUCACAGAGGACAUCCAGACCUGUCAGUACCGUUCUGUGGAGGUCCUGAUUGGGGCUGGCUAUGGCACUCCUGCAGACAUCUGGAGCACAGCCUGCAUGGCAUUUGAGCUGGCCACUGGAGAAUAUCUGUUUGAACCCCAUUCAGGGGACAACUUCUCUCGAGAAGAAGAUCACAUUGCUCACAUAAUUGAGUUGCUGGGACCCCUUCCAUCCCAGUUUGCCCUCUCAGGGAGAAACUCCAGGCGAUAUUUCAAUCACAAAGGGCAUCUGCGGCGCAUCUCAAGGCUGAAGCCGUGGAGUUUGUGUGAGAUCCUGCUGGAUAAAUACGAGUGGCCACGGGAGCAGGCAGUCCAGUUCAGUGCCUUCCUCCUCACCAUGCUGGAGCCCCUCCCAGAGAAGAGAGCUACCGCUUCCCAGUGUUUAAAACAUCCCUGGAUCUCCUCAUAGACAUCAUACUGUUACCUAGUGUCUGAACCCCUCUGGAUCUCCUCAUGGACACAGAGUCGCCACCACUGCCCAGUGUCUGAACCACCCUGGAUUACAUCAUAGACACAGCCGUCUCACCGAGGCCACAGAGGUUACAGAGGUGAAGUCCCUUAAUAUGAUGAUGAUUUCAAGGGCAAUUCCACCCAUUUUAAACCUCAUGUCAUUAUCUCAAGCACAAUACCAGUGUCUACAUAUGAAAUUUGCGUAUUUCUACUUUUUGUAGAACAAAAUAUAAAUGUAAAAAGUUAAACCCGAUGGAUGACAUCAACAGUUGAAACAUAAAAAAAAUAUGAUUUUCUAACACUGUGAGAUACGCGGCAAUGUGGGGAGCAAGGGGGGGGGGUUUGUGGGUCACGUAUGAAAUUCAGCAAGUGUUAUUUUUUUCAGAUGAUUUUCUGCAUGUGCUAUUUUUCUGUUUGCUCUGCGAGAGCAAUCAAUUAUCACUAUAUUUUGUCGGGUGAUUUGAAGCGUUUGAUGUGGAGAAAAUAACUUUUGGUAUGGAGAGAUGGACAUGAGAAACAAAUCCAGUUGAUGUAAAACUGUCACUGUUUAAUUUUACAGCUCUCUUUAGAUAUUCAUUUGAUAUUCCAGAUUAUUUCUGAUGUGAUGGCCUGUGUUCAGAGUAUUCAAAUUGAAGCACAUCAAUGACCAAAAUCAUAAAGAAGGCAAGACUUACUGGAAUACUGCCGUUUCAAAAGGACACUGGGAACAUUACUUUUGUUGUUGUCUUUCAUUGAAUAAAUGCUCUUUGUUUAUACAAGGCUUUCAUUAUC